UAUUCUCAGCACAGUUUACGCGUCCUGUGUUACGAAAUAUUUGCUGUGCGCGGACACAACAGCAAGACAACGGGCUUCAGCCACAACAUGUCUUGCUACGCGUUGUCGAAUCCUUCUCGGGUGCACAACAACAAACGGCCGGCAUCCCAAGCAAAUUGGAGCUCACGUCCUCGUAGCAAAGCGGGCCUAGAUGUGGUCAAAGCAGAUAUGCAGCAGAUUUAACCGUUUAUUUCGCUGACAUGUCCAAUCAGCAUCGGUCUUCACGGCCCCUGCGACGUUAUAUUGCGCAGGCCGACCUGUCGGGCCGCGUUCACUGGUGCACUCAUCGUCAGUGGCUCAUGAGCCCUGUGAAGUCGGGCAUCCCCCGUCUCCAACACCCCUGGUUCCGCUCUCCCCCAGCCACUAACAGACGCUCAGGCGCCGUCGCUCAGCGGCAGACACCCAUGUCUUUCACUCCUGCUUGCGCGCAGCAAGCCCUGUCCCUGCUCGUCCUAGAUGUCACUAACCUGGUGGAGCACACUGAGCACCUUCCAUCUUCUCCACAUACUCUCCGCUGCUCGACCAAGCCGGCCAUGUUCCUACAUAGUGAGAUCAUCCCUACACCUGUUGUUACUUUACCGGCCACAAAGCAUCCUGUUCCCGUGUCACGGCAUGCAAUACUACGGGAUAUGCCAAUGAUCGCUCUUCAGCAACUACAAUCCCUACUCGAAUCUUUGCUCAGCUACCUGGACCAUCCACCACUCAUUCUGAUUCGCAACCACCGUUUGUCUCACUUCGGUCUGUGCAGUUCGCCAACCUUCACUCGACCCUAACUCCUUGACCACAUCCUCGUCUUAUUCCCACACAGAAGGGCAGAACCCCUUCAUCAGCCAUCGCCCUGCAGUGGUCCGUGACCAGGCUCUUGCGUUCUCUACUCCCCUGCAAAUAAGUUAUCUACCUGACCAGGCGUAUAACCCGGGCAUUCCAACUCACAACAUCCGUGCUCGCGUGCGCGCGACAGGUUUCCCCAGAAUAUCCUGUCAACUUCAAUGGUUGUUGCCAUAACUACAUUUGCCGGCCACUUGUGGGGACCUGCACAC